AUGGCGCAAAUAGAUCAAAUCUUUGGGGAACAGUUGAUUGAAAUCCCUUCUGAAGUACGAAUUAUUCAACGAUCAUAUUGGGACAAAGAUGAUAAAUUGGAUGAUACCGUUGAUUAUGGUGGUUGUCCGGUCAUGGCAAAGGUUCGACAAGCAAUGAUGAAGGAUGAACUUUGA